GAAGCGGAUAGUGAGAGAACCGUUGUCGCGUGAUAGGGAAGGUACAGGUGAAGGUUGCCCAAGCACCUUGAACACAGGCCCCAAGGUGAAGGCGAAUUCCACUCUACCAGAAUCUACUCAUAAAGAUUCCCAAGCUCCCAUUCGUCGGACUCGAUGUCCUGCGCCACUACAACCUACUACAGCCCACUACAUGCCCAACAAGCCGCAAUGAAUGGUUGCCGACUUGCAACACGCUGCGCUUCACGUGGCAGGGAGGUAUCGCCCGCCAUGUCAGACAGCUCAUGGCUGACCAUGCUGUCGCGAUCACCAUCACCGUCGUCUAGUCCGCCGGGGCGACAACCCACACCCGCGCUUUCAGACUCAUCUGAAUUGUCAAUGCUGUCACGUUCGCCCUCCCCACCGCCCGGCGUCCUCAGAAUAAAUGAGAUUUCGCCGCAAUUAAAUCGGCCCCAACAUGGACCUGGCGAUCGCUUUCUGCGUAGUGAUGCUAAGCGCGAGACAUCUCCGAAUCCCUCUGCUAGGCCAGCAAAGCAAUUGCGCGUUGUGACUCGAAUUCCUCCUAGGACUGUCAAGAGGAAGGCUCCUGCGGCAUCAAGUUCCCCUCGAAGCUCUCGAAUCCCUCGUAGCCCAGUCGUUACCAAGGCUGCCGUGUCGAUCCUAGAAGUGAAAGGCGCGGGACAACUGGAUCGCCUCCCCAAAGAGAUUCGACAGGCAGUUUAUGCCUACUGUCUAGACAUCGAUGAACCUGUCUCGUUGAAGGAGUGUUGCGGUCCGUUCUCUACUCGCCGAGCACGAGCUAGCUGCAAGAAGCAUGGAGAAACUUGCACCAAGAUAGGCAGGGGAAACGGCCUGACGCUUUACGAAGAGGACGAAGGGUCGAUAAAGAUUUAUGGUCGAUUCUCAAUCCUCUCCGUGGCGCGCUCUGUCCACGAGGAAGCAUCCUGGGUGCUAUAUAAUCAGGCAAGGCUCAUCGUCCGUUCGACCACGGCCCUGCAGGCAUAUCUUAUCAAGAAGCAGUGUACGUUCUACCGCCUGCCCAACCUCCCGGAAGCCGAGUGCGUCGAACGCAUGUGGCUUUCGGCAGGGCACUUCCGCAAACUUUGCUUCCAGCUCCCAUGGACUAAGCUAUCGAUCGACGAUCCGGUCGAAUGUGUAUAUCGCCUCUACAAAGCUAUCGCUUUCUUGAUGAAGGCUUGGGAUCUUGUAAAGGAGAAGCCGACAUCUCCUCGCACCGUCGAAAUUCAGCUCCAUGAUCUUCAUACAGCUGUGAUACCCUUCAACUCCGAUCGAUCUACCAAGAUGGCUUACGAGUGGAAUGCAUACCACCAGCCACACUUGGGGUCUGGCUACAAUGCAGACUUUGAAGUGAUUGGGGAAGAGGUCGUCCAUAUUCUCGAGCGCUUGGUAGAUCUGGUCGGGCGUCAUGGUGGCCUGUCUCGGUGGAAAGUCGUCGCAAAGGCUCCUCGCACGUAUCAUGUGGGAGGAGCAGAGAACGAUGGCAAGAUUAUGUAUGACCAGGAAGACGGAGGCCUUACUGCGCUACAUACGCUUGAAGCUUGUUGCCGGUCCAAUGGCGUUCAAUUUGUGGCCACGAGCUGAGCUUCGAGC